AUGCACCCGGAGCACUUAAAGAUCGUGAGAGAGCUAGGCGAUCUCGCUUUAGAAGACAUCGUAGCCGUCGAUUGGGUCUGCGACGGUCCUGAUCGGCCGGCGGCGCCACCGCCUGGGUCUGCAGUGAGAGCCACGCUACUGAAGUUGAAGGACGGGUUGGGCGAUAAAGAGAAGCGGGAGGUGUUGGGUGCUGUCGGUGGGAUUGCGAAGAGUUGUUGUGGGGCGUCAGAUCAGAUUACUUUGGGAGAGAACUUCUCGCCCGCGGCGCUAAGCAAAGGGUUUUCGAUUGGUUUGAUGUGGGUUUCGCCGGAUGAUCAGUUGAAGGGUUUGGAGCCGAGCGAAGUCGCAAGAUUAAUGGGAGAUAAGGUGGAAAUUAAGCGCGAUUGGCUUUGA